UUCACUUCUCUUACUCACUCAUUCAUUCUCUCUGCUCAAAUGAAAACAUUGUUUCUGCUUCUUCUCCCUCUCCCUCUAACAACAAAAACACACUUGUCUCUGUCUCAUUUUGUUCAUGCAAGAUCCAAAGGGUUCAAACACAAGGAAGCCUUGGUAUCAAAGAGCAAUGGAGAUGUCAAGUCUAUGGAAGUCAAUUUCCAGGUCUUCUUCCACAACGACGACAACCAAUUUGACAAUAUGGAAAACUGUUUCCAAAUCAACGGAAGUCAAUUAUCCAACAACACUCACAAACCCUAAUAGAUCAUCGUCUACCACAAAUAACAACAAUAAUAAUAAGUUAAGAAAAUGUGCAUCGCUUAGGGUUGCCUCCUCCUUCACUAGGGUUUGCUUAUGUGCACCAAUUUCAUCCUACAAUGAAGUUUUCCGAGCCGACGUUCCACCGAGAAGAAGCAACAGUUAUCCGAGAUCCUCAAGACCAUUUCCAACCCAAGAGAGGUUUCCAAGUGCGAGGCUUAGCAUGGAAGGAAGAAGAGUUAUUUUCCGGGGAAAAUCAUUGACGGAUGAUGUGUUGAUGAGGAGAUUUGUGGUGGAAGAGGAGGCAAUGAUGCAAACAAGGAGAAGGAACCAAAUGGAGGUUAUUAGGAGGAGGAAUUUGAUGAGAAGAAAAAAGCUUGGGCCUAGUCGUCUUAGUAGAAUGGUUAUGGCUAAAGAGGAGGAUGAUUGAUGAAUAUGUUAAUUAAUUGGAAAUCAAAUAAGUUCAAAAUUUUUCUUAAUUUGUCUCCAAGCUCUAAAUUGUGCAACAUUUUCUUUUCUCCCUCAACAUUCUUUUGGGUUUCAAAUAAUGGAUAAACUAAUUACUGAAUUUAUU